AUGAGGCCCACAGGCUCUGUGUUUGACACCUCUGAUGUAGAAGGUGACGAAAGGCACUCCCAGAAAGGAGAAACCUACAUAAAGCUGAUGCGUGAGUGCAUGUUUAUAUCGCGAGAGGACGCAAAUCCAGCGGGGUGCCCACGCUUGCGCGGCGCCCACGCUUGCGCGGCCCUGGAGGGAACCCGGAAGUGCGCGGCGGCGGCGGCGGCGGCGCUCGCGGUCCCGCCUCUCAGGCCCGUACACUUCCGGUCCAUUGUUCUGGGCCGUGGCGCUCGCUGUCCUUGGUGCGCCCUGAGCCUCUGGCUCCCAGAGAGAGGCCGCAAGGUCCCGCCGCUAGGCGCUGAGACGAGGAGAGUCAGCCCCGGGGCGGCCCCGGCCUGUUUAGGGCUUCAGCAAAGAGACAGCACAGAGGGUAUCUUGAAGCAAGAGGCGCCAGAAAUGAAGGAAUCUUCCAGUGGGCUGUUGGCAGAAUCUGACACUAGCAGGGCCCAGCGUCUGUUUCGUGACUGGGGUAGAGCUGUGGGUGAGACCAAGGAGCCUAAAUUGGAAGAACAAUUGAAGACCCCACCGAUGGAAGGAAAAAUAGGUAAAUCCAAUACCCCAGCAAAGGGCCAAGGAAAAUUAAUUGGCCAUGAGAGACCUGACACAGAGGAAAAACCCUUUAAGUGCCUAGACUGUGGAAAAUGCUUUGGCCGAAGCACUCAUCUCAGUCUCCAUCGGAGAACCCACACUGGUGAAAAGCCCUACAAGUGCGGGGAUUGUGGUCGGUGCUUCAGCGAUGGUUCUGCCCUCAUCCGCCAUCAGCGGAUCCACACAGGUGAAAGGCCCUACAAGUGUAAGGAGUGUGGAAAAUGCUUUGGCCGCAGCUCCCAUUUGGAGUUGCAUCAGCGGACCCACCUUGGAGAGAAGCCCUACAAGUGCCCUGAGUGUGGCAAGGGCUUCCGUGACAGUUCAGGUCUGGCCAGACACCAGGGCAUCCAUACAGGUGCCAGUCCCUACAAGUGUAGUACAUGCGGUAAGAGCUUUAAUGACAGCUCAGCCUUCAUCCGUCACCAGCGCAUCCACACAGGUGAAAAGCCUUAUGUGUGUGUGGAGUGUGGCAAGAGUUUCAGUGACAGCUCUAAUUUCCGUACACACCAGAAAUCUCAUUGGGAGGAAAAGCCCUUCAAGUGCACAGCCUGUGCAAAGAGCUAUGUGCGUAGGUCAGACCUUGUCAUACACCAGAGGACACACACUGGUGAGAAGCCUUACCAGUGCAAUGACUGUGGCAAGAGCUUCAACCAGAGGUCUGGCCUCAUCAUCCACCAAACCACUCACACAGGGCAGAAACCCUUCAGCUGUAGCAAGUGUGGGAAGAGCUUUGGGCACCACUCAUAUCUCGUGAAGCAUCAAAGGACUCACUUUAGAGAGUUUCCAGAGAAACCGCUAGAGUAAAGAGACAUGCCCUUUAUUAUUGCCAAAUGACCCUCCAUCAUCAGUGGGAUAUAAGGUUAAGAUAAGCCAUUCAUGCACCUAGCCAGGUCAACAGCAUCCAUUUAGGAGAGGGCUAGAUGGCUUGUGUGUGAACCAUGUGAGUACUGAACUCAUGACCUACACCUUACUAGCACCAGUGAGGCCCUUACGUUCACUAGAUUAUCUUAUUUACCCCCACAACUAUUAACAAUGAGAAACUGAUAUCCCAAGAAGAAAAGGGACUAGGCCUAAGGGCAUGAUGAGAGUGGAGGAGCCAAGAUGUUUCCUAUCUGGCUUAGGAAAGUCUUGUUAACAUUACCUUUGCACUAGAAUCCUAAUCCUUUUUCUAAAAGUGCAAUUUGAAAAGCAUAGUCCAGGUCAGGAUAUAUGGAGGGUUCUGUCCCACCAUGAUUUUAAACUUUUUCCCUGCUUGCUAGAAACCUUCUGAAAUGUUUUAAUCACUUUGGAGAAAAGUCAGAGGGCCAUAAAAGCAGUUAAAUGUUUUCUAAUAUAAAUGCAUGUGGAGACCCAUCUCACAUAUAUCUAUGGUGCCCUUAUGCUGUAUCACUUGGAGUUGUUAGAAUUGUUCUCUGGUUUCAUGCCCUGUAUCUUGUGGAAUGACUUCCUCAAAGAAUUCCAGGCCACUAAGGAGAAUUUCUAGGUACAUGCUUUGUGAAUUGAACAUGGUCCAACCCCUUCCUUUUGCAGGUAACAAAAUAAAGAGAAGUAAAUUGAUUUACCCAAUGUCAUACGUGAACUUAUUUGCAGACCAAUAAUGUGAACCUAGAUUUUGAUUUUCUAUCCAUUGUUUUUUCUGCCACAUUAUGUUACAAUAAUCAUUGCCUUGACAGUUUUUCUGUUAAAGCACUACAAUUAGAAAAUGGAAACCUAUGGCAUGGCAAAGAAUUGGAAACUAAGGGAGUGUCCAUCAAUUAGGGAAUGGCUGAACACAUUAUAGCAUGUGAAUAUUGUACUUAGCAUAAGAGAUGAUGAGAGGAACAGUUUUGGGGAAACCUGGGAAGACUUUUCUGAACUGAUGCAGAGUAAAGUAAGGAGAACCAAGAGAACAAUUUAUAUAAUAACAGUAUUGUAAAGACAACUUGGAAAGACUGUAGUCAAUGCAACGACCAAGCAUGAUUCCCGAGAAAUGGUAAGAAAGCUUGCUAUUCCAGGGUGUGAUAAUAAACUCAAAAUGCAGCAUGAAACAUACAUUUUUAGACAUGGACAAUGUGGGAACUUGUUUUGCUUGACGAUGCAUAUUCCAUUUUCCCCUCCCCCUACCCUGCCCCAAAGAAAGGAAAUGGCAGGUUAGGAGAGAAUAAAUGCUUGUUAAUUUUUAAAAAGAGUAAAAUAAAAGAAGUAGUUUCUUGGACUCUCAAUUUCCUAACAAACAGAUUUUUCCCUUCUUUCCUGUUAUUCCUCCCUAAGCCUUCCUGUGGGACCUAGUACACCCUAUAGAAAUGGUUCUCAAGUUUUUCCAUAAUGGUAGAACCCUUCUAAUAAAAUCUUCUAAAAUUAUAUUUAAUGCCUGUUAACAAACAGUAUAAAGUUAACUGAGAAACUUGUUUCAUUCCUUGUAGCAGUGAAAUACUGCCCUAAUAGGAAUUAGUAAGGAUGGGGCUACCCAGGGUCAGAAUUUAUGAACCCUGAUUACUGUGUCAUAUUCCACCAAUAUACGUAGCAGUGCACCUCAUCCUGGUAGAAGUCUAGCCAUCUAAGCAUUGGAAAAGACUAGAUAGACCUGUAGUCCAAGGUUGCGGUACCUAUGUCCUUUAGGCUACGUAGAAUCAGGAUCAUGGGAUUUAGACCUGGAAAGAACCUUAAUUCAAAAUUGGGCAAAAGUAUUCUGCUGUUGAAAGUGGGGCUUAUCAA